UGAGAAAAUUGCUUUCGAAGCUGUUGUGUGGGUCCAAUUCUUACUGUUUUCUCAUGUAUCAGAUGAUACAGGAAAUCGCCUUCGGUUCCAGCUGGAGUUGGAGUUUGUUCAAUGUCUGGCAAAUCCAAAUUACCUCAACUUUCUUGCACAAAGAGGCUACUUCAAAGACAAAGCUUUUGUAAAUUAUCUCAAAUAUUUACUUUAUUGGAAAGAACCUGAAUAUGCAAAAUACCUGAAGUAUCCUCAGUGUUUGCAUAUGUUGGAGCUGCUCCAGUAUGAACAUUUCCGCAAAGAACUGGUCAAUGCUCAGUGUGCUAAAUUCAUCGACGAGCAACAGAUUCUUCACUGGCAGCACUACUCGCGGAAAAGAAUGCGCCUCCAGCAAGCCCUGGCAGAGCAGCAGCAACAAAACAACACCUCUGUGAAAUGAAGAAGGCCUGGAAGAGUGGUGAUGAAGUGUGCUUUGUGUCAGCUGGGGAGAGGAAUGAACCCUGUGGUGGGUGUGGCUCUGAUG